AAUGAUGCCAGUAUGCUUGUUUAAUCAUGAGUAUUUUUUUAAACUUUUGGAUUUCUACAUGGUGCUUGUUUUUUGCUAUUCAACAUGCUAACAACAGACAACUAUGUCUAUUAAACUAGUCAUUAAACAAUUCCCUAGACUCUUUUUCCACCAAAGUGAUGGCACAACAUCCUCCGUGGCUUCCUCACUGUGGUCCUGGGACAUGGAAAGCGACAACGAGCUGGUGUCUGCAUGCCAGUCCGUGGAAGUCACAGGUACCACCAGUGACAAAGGAGCCAGUGUCGCCUGCGCAGCCCAGGCAGCCAGAGGGCACUAUGUCUCAGCCCCCUGCUCCCCUUGUGGAUCUCAGUGUGAUGCCGCCCCAGCUAAAAAAUAGACCAGCCACCCCAUCUACGAGCCAGGACACACGCGGAACUAGAGGGCUGCGUCCACCUGUGGGAGAAGCCCAACGGCAUCCCACUAGCGGAUAUCUGGUGGCUGAAGAAUGCGACCCCUUUGCUCCCAUCAAGGCGUACAAGGACAACGCCGGAGUCCUGAAACACAGACGGCUCAUGAAGUCAGACCGCAUGUGGUUCCAUCCACCUGAAGCUCCAGGCUACAUUGGUGGAGCUCUGCCGAACCCUGCAGUCUUCUUUCGGGGCCGCAUGUUUGUCUGGCACCCUGUGGGAGUGUGGAGGUGCUCACUUAAGUGUCCUCAAGGUGACCAGUGUGCGGGGGUAGGGAAGGCCGUGUACCUCUACAAGUCGGGUUACCACCACCGGGUGUGGCAUAUUUGUGACACAUCCAGUCGGCAUACCCUCAUCACGGAGGUUCCGUGCUGUGGGCCCUGCACAAAUACGGCGAGAAACAAAGAGGGUGUUUCGGUCGACCACUGGAUCGCGUGGGACUUUUGAUUUUGUCACAACUGAGAGGGACGUGGACAAGAAUGUGGUGAGGCUAGUGAGGGACAGGACCGAAGGCAACAUAAUGGCGCCAAAUACAGGAAAACCGCAUUGAAGAGUAUCUUCAACAGAAGGACCUGUACACCGCACUUCAGAUGCAUACGCUGGUCAAAGUGCUGUGGCUGCGUAGCCCAUGCCAUGCGAGCCCUGUGAAGACCAGCAUCAUUGAGGCCUAUGAGCGCAUUGAGCACCUGGUCUUAGUGGAGGAUGCUGUGCUGUCAAAAGCAGGUAUUCUUCUACCAGAAAUUAAUACCAAAACAGUCCGUGAAUUCAUUCAUCGCCAGGAGAGGCUCCUUACAAUCUACACGCCACAAAACACCCAGCUGCUGCUGCUGUUUGGUCACCGGCUCCACACCAAGAAGUUGCUCUCCCUCCACCAGAUUACCCUGUCAUGACAUUCCAGCCUAUUCCGAGCACAGCAGGGACCAAGGCCCUAAAGGGGAGGAAAGAAGUCACACAAAGGCAGCCUCUCAACUUACCCGCCGCCUGCAUCCUCACAUCCACAUCCUCCACAUGUGAUGAUAGGCCCUGCUCCCUCUACAGUCACCUCGUCCUCUUCCCAGGAAGAGCAAGCACAGACAGCAGUCAGUCCUUUCACAUGCACGUCUUCCUCUGUGCCCUCUUCAUGUGCCACGCAGGCACAGGGGGGCCUCCUGGGCAAGAGCCACUCAAGAGCAUGAGUAUAAGAGAAAACUGAAAGAACAACAAAGCGGCAACAUCAACUCAAAACUUUCUCUCAAUAAUACAGAGUCUAACAGUUUGCAAAGUAUGUGGCCAACCAACACAGGAAAAUAAGAAGUAUAAAAAUAAAACUUUUAGUCCUGUAAAAAUGAUAUCCUCCUCCAAAGGUUUGGACACAUCCAAAAGCUAAACAUCUUUUGGAUAAUUUAAAAUGGAUGUGGACAACUUGUGAAUCGUUGUUGUUGGCAACCUUUUUUAGAUUUAUUCUUUUUUUAUUAUUAUUAUUAUUAUUGCACACUUGUGAUUACAACAAACAAAACUGUUGCUUUAUUUUUCUUUUCACAAAUAUAACAGUGAAUAUAAACAGUGAAUUCCAUCCAACACAUAUAUACUAAUAUAAAGUAUGUGGUCUUGAAUCACA